UUUUGUCAACGCUCCCAGUGGCAUCCACAACGUAAGUUAAUUCGUCUCCGAGGAAAAAGCCGAUAAUUAAAGCAAAAUGUGAAAACUUAAGCAAAAAGUUACGUUACUCUUAAUACGUUAAAAUGUCGGGAGGAUUAGAAAUUUUGUCCCUCAAAGAGGACGACAUCACCAAGAUGUUGGUAGCCACCACCCAUUUGGGUUCGGAAAAUGUCAACUUCCAAAUGGAACAGUAUGUCUACAAGCGCCGUAGCGAUGGUGUUAACAUCAUCAAUCUCGGCAAGACUUGGGAGAAACUGAUGUUGGCUGCCCGUGCCAUUGCUGCCAUCGAGUACCCACAAGAUGUCUUCGUUAUCUCUUCACGUCCAAUUGGUCAACGUGCUGUACUCAAGUUCGCCAAGUACACCGACACCACACCAAUUGCUGGUCGUUUCACCCCUGGUGCAUUCACCAAUCAAAUUCAGCCAGCUUUCCGUGAACCACGUCUGUUGGUUGUGACCGACCCAAACACCGAUCAUCAACCCAUCAUGGAGGCUUCGUACGUUAACAUCCCAGUUAUUGCUUUCUGCAAUACUGAUUCGCCUUUGCGUUACAUCGAUAUUGCCAUUCCAUGCAAUAACAAGGCUCCACAUUCCAUUGGUCUGAUGUGGUGGUUGUUGUCUCGUGAAGUGCUCCGUCUACGCGGCACAAUCUCACGUGUCAGCGAAUGGCCCGUGGUUGUUGAUUUGUUCUUCUACCGUGAUCCCGAGGAGGCCGAGAAGGAGGAAGCAGCUGCUAAGGAAUUGUUGCCAGCACCCAAAGUUGAAGAGGUUGUUGAACACCCCGUCGAAGAAGCCACCAACUGGGCCGAUGAGGUUGCUGCUGAAACCGGAGUUGCCGGCGCCGAGGACUGGAACGAAGAUGCUGUCAAGACCUCAUGGGGCGGUGAUGGCAACUUCUAAACGCUUGAUAAUCAUUCUAAAAUGUUUAUAUAAACGUUUAUAAGUUGGGCGAUAGCCUAUUUUGACCGAAUAAAGUAAAAUUUUAUUGGUUCAUAUAAAAAA